GCAGCCAACGCGCCCUUGCAGGACAUAUACGACGCGAUAAAGAAGACCUCCUCGGGGCCGGACAACCCGCUGGACCGGUACGACUUCAACCGGGCCAAGAUCUGCGCCAGCGUCCGGUGGCUGCUGGCCAGGUCCUACGGCUCCGCAGAAAACGUGCCUGUGGAGCUGCGGGAGCCUCUUUACAGGGACCAGUAUGAACAAGAGCACCUAAAGCCGUCCGUCUCAAAGCUGCUUCUGUCUCCAGAGAUCUACUUCAGAACCCAAGCCCUGCUGGCACAGGCACAUGGGGUCUCCCUGCCGGCAGCACAAGGGUCACCAGCGGACCACUCUUCCCUGCUGCAGGUCCUUAUUAAGAAAGGUUUGACUCCAAAGGUCGAGGAUGCAGACGUUACCGAGGAGGACCUCCGCUUCGUCCCCAUCAAGACGAAGGCCCACCUCGCCCUGAUCGACGCCCUGAUGACGCUGGUGGCCAGAGACGUGGUGGGCAGCGUGAAGAUGGCGGCCGAGGCAGAGCAGAUGGGUGCCGGGGCUCCGUGGGAGAAUGCUCUGCUCUUCUGGGUCAACCGGCUGAACCACAAGCUGAGAGAAACCACCGAAGAAGAAGAGCCCACCAAGUCCCAGACAUGCACAGACCUGCAAACCGCCCAGGACCCGUGUCAAUCCAACCGCUGGUACUGGAAGCUCGUCCCCCAUGCUAUCGCUUUUUGUUUGAAGGAAUCGGGGAAUAAGCCUCCAGUGAUCCGCUAUAGGAAGGACAAGGUACAGUCCAAGCUGACCCCGACCUUCCCGGUGGUCUCGGGGGUCCGUGACCUAUCUAACGGUUGUGCGAUAGCUGCAGCACUGCACUUCUACUGCCCCGGCCUGCUGCCGCUGGAGGAUGUGUGUCUGAAGGACACCAUGUCGGUGUCUGACAGCCUCUACAACCUGCAGCUCAUCACCGACUUCUGUGGCAGCCGCUUGCGGAGCUGCUGCCCCCUGGCUGUGGAGGACCUGCUGUACGCCCCCCCGGCCCUGCAUCUGAACAUCAUGAGCUUCGUGGCCGAGCUGCUGGAGUGGUUUGAAGUGAAGAAGCCGGAUUUCGUUCAGCCCAUGGAACCCCUCGACCUCACAGAUGCCUCGGGGCUGUUAGACUGUACGAGUCCUGUGAACAGUGGUUGUCCUUCCUUCAUCUUCAAACAACCCUUUGUUCCCAUCUGCUCCCCAGUGUCGCCAGAAAACAAGAGUUGGACAAAGAAACAAAUCAGCCGUCCUCUGUCAGCGGGAACGUUCAGCAUCCCGUUUGGGCUGGACAGUGAUGUUGACGUUGUCAUGGGGAACCCAAUAGAUUCUGUCUUUCACUCCGGUAGCAUCGACAGCCUCUCCGCCGGCGAAGCCACAAUGACCUCCGCGGUACGCCCCCCCUGCGGCCUGGUCAGCGCCUCCGCUCCAUCGCAACACCCUCCCCGGCCUCCUUACGCCCAAACCCCGCCGCUGGGGGAGCUGCCCACCAUCGAGGAGGCGCUGCAGGCGGUCCACACCUCGAGCGGCAAGGAUCGGCGGAAGGACAGGGGGGCCGAGAAAGGUGGAGGUCGAGAAGCGUUGGGCGAGAGGCCGCAGCCCAGGCUACGUCCGGAAGGAGCCCCAGCUGGUUUCUUCCUCCACUCCCCCGAGGAGGACAAAUCCCUGCUGAGCAGCUCCGCGCCCUGUCGCUCUGGCGUCCUCCCCCGGCCCGUCGGCGGAAAGGCGGGUGACACCGAAAAGCAGGGGAGGGCGGAGAGGAGGGAGAGAGUGGGACGCGCCUCCGAUAUGUCGCGCGACGACGACUCCGUCCUACGAGACGGCAGCGUCGACUCCUCCGACGCGUCGGACGAAGCCCCUCGAAACGCGCCCGGCAACAUCCGUCCCGGCAACAUCCGUCCCGGCAACAUCCGUCCCGGCAACGGCACCAGCAACAGUCCACGCCUGACCAGCUUUGCAGAGCGACGAGACGGCAGAAGAAGACAUCCCGCUGCUCCCGGGGAGGAGCCGGGUUCUGCUCCGACCCCGACAACUCCAGGAACUCCACAUACAACCUCCGCACCAGCCGGGGCACCCGGUCCGGGUCCCGGAGGCCCCGAACCAGGAUCCGAGGCCAGCGAGCUGGGGGCUCGCCUGGAGGAAAAACGGAAAAGCAUUGAAGCCCAAAAGAGACGCAUCGAAGCCAUCUUUGCCAAGCACAGGCAGAGGCUCGGAAAAACCGCUUUCCUUCAGCUGAAAAGAGAUCGAGGGGAGGAAGAGCAUCUCACCCUGGAGGAACGCCUCACGUGUAUGGAGGAGCAACUGAAACGGGAGGAGGAGAGGGAGGAGAAGGAGAAAGAGAAGCCAUCUGUUCCUAAUCCCCCCCGAUUGGAGAAGCAGGUCACCUUCUCCAUCGAGAGCAAGAAAGGCGCAGAGAUUGAGAAGGGAGGCGAGGCCGUUUUUGUGGAAUACAGUGAAGUGGUUCAAAAACUGAGUGAAGCUCUGCAGUCACUUCAGAAGGACAUGCAGAAACUAACCGAACAGCAACAACAGCUCAUGAGUGACCGAAGGCCCACAAAUACACCGAAGAACACUCGCAAAUCUACGCCUCGAUGUGCCGCUAAAACGCCUCCUCACACCCCGACCAAGACGCCUCCGAGAACUCCGACCAAGACGCCUCCGAGAACUCCGACCAAGACGCCUGCGAGGAGCACCAGUAACGCCUGGGUGAUUCCUGGUCCCGGCGGCCCGGCCGCCUCCUCCCCGUUGCGUUUGCACAUUCGUUCUUCUGCCACCUCCCCGAAGAACCUCCUGUCCUCUUCCUGCCCCGCUCCUCGCACAAGGAUCCCCCCUUCCUCCACCCCCCGCAGCCCCAAGCAGCCCCUGCAGGCCCAGCAGCAGCCUCCCCCACGGCCCUCCGAACUCAAGUUCCCGCCGCUCAACCGGGCCUUGGCACCCACCCAUAACGUGGACGCCCUCCCCCACCUACGCCGCGUCUCCCCCAGCAAGUGUCAGGUUCAGACCUCCUCGUCCUUUCGCAUCGGCGGGCCUCGGACUCCUCAAGAGCGUCCUCAGACCGCCAAGGGGGCACAGCAUGAGGGGAGCACCUCGGACACGGCGUCCAGCGAAACCCCGACCCAGUUCCGGCUGGAGCUGGAGGACGGGGAGACUGUGGGGGGGCAGCUGGUUUUCCCGCAGCUCGGACAAGAUGGAGCGUCGGCGAAUGGCGGGAGCAGCUCCGGCGCUCCUUCCGAGUACUCCUUCGGGAGCGAAUCUAUCUCUGCAGCUUUCAGCGCAGGAGGCGAAGGCGCCAGGAGAGCAGGUGAAGGGUGCAGCCUGAUUGAGGCCUCGCUGUCUUCUCUCGGAAGGCCCGAGGGGGGCAGCGACGCACCAACUGACGAGGGGCAGGAGUUCUCCUCUGAUUCAAUGAGCGACCACACAGAAUCCGCUGUGGAACCCGGCGGACGUCUCGCUGCACGACCUGUAGACCCCCUCCAGCAGCUGGAUGCGACUGCGGGAGCCGCCAAUUUCGAACAACAAGACAUCGAAGGAGAACCACCGAGAGAGGCCGAAAGUCUGGAGCCGAGCCGAGAGCAGAAUGAGCCGGCGGCAAGAGGAGGGAUCGGGUUCUUCUUUCAGGAGGAGGCGCGUAGCGAAGGGGAGAUGGCCCAGCGUAGAGCUCUGCUGUUGGACAAACAGCAGAAGAGAAGUGAGGAGUUGAGGAAGAGGAGACAGUGGAAUGAGCAAGAAAGGGAAAACAGACCCGGAUCUGCAGACAGAAACUCUCCCUCCGGUACGCCUCCUCCAGGAAUGACCUCCCCUUCUCCCACGCCUCCUGCCACACCCGUCCGGAGGGGGACCUUCACCAGGGUGGAGUACGCACGGCGGCACCAACUCAGGAUUAUGGAGGACUUGGACAAAGUACUUCGGGAGAAAUCGACCAGUCAAGGACGAUCUUCCGCCAAGAAACCCCGCCCCCGUCCUCGCAGCAUGACGAGGGAGGAAACACAGCGGCCUGUGAGCCCGGCCAAGGGAACAGCUGGUUCUAGGUUGACCAAAGUCUACUCUAACUCCUCCCUCAACCUGGCAGCAACGGAGGAGCCAGGAAACAGAUGUGGCGAUGGCCCGAAGAGAUGCCAGAGCCGCCCUGAUUCGCCUUCAAGAUGUGUGCCGCAAAGUAAACUGGCCAAUCGCACCGGAGAUAAAGACUGGGAGGCUGGUUCCAAUGGAACCCCACCCGCCCCGGAAUACACAGGUCCAAAACUCUUCAAAGAGCCGAGCUUUAAGUCCAACAAAUUCAUCAUCCACAACGCGCUGUCACGCUGCUGCCUGGCGGGAAAGGUCAACGAGACCCAGAAGAACAGGAUGGUUGAGGAGAUGGAGAAGAGUCCCGCCAACCACUUCCUCAUCCUCUUCCGUGACUCCAGCUGCCAGUUCCGGGGCGUCUACACCAUGAACACAGAGUCCCAGGAGCUGAUCCGAUUGGCCGGCGUGGGCCCGCGGACUAUUGGCUCCGCCCAGGUGGAGGCCAUCUACAAGUACAGCUCAGACAGGAAGCAGUUUAGCGUCAUCCCCUCGAAGACCGUGGGCAUGACGGUGGACGCCUUCACCAUCCCCGGCCAUCUCUGGCAGGGAGGAGGAGGAGGAGGAGGAGGAGGAGGCCGCAGGGCGAGCGUUACUAAGAAGGCCGUCGUGUCCAAGUGAGGGACGAGACGGAUCGUUGAGAUUAGCCUUCAGCCAUGUGUGCGCACGCCAACACCGGACCUCUCCGGAUCGUCUCACGUCUUUAAAAGAAUGGAUUUGUACUCCCCUGAAUGUGCAUGAAGAUAAGAAGUCACGACACAGAGGACAGAAACUCACUCGUCGUCCAAUGUGUCCUAAACUGUUAAGUCAACGUCAUUUAUACACAGAAACGUAAUAAGACAAACAAAUACAAGUAGAAAAGCAGUUUCCUACAUCGGGUCGAACGAGAGACUCGAGACCUCCAGGUCUGUUCAGAGCGAAGCAUGAAGCAGAGAUGCUGCUUCCUUCUAAUAACUGAGGAGUUCUGUGGACAUUAUAUGGGUGUGAUCGUCAGACGCUAAUUAGCAAACACUGAGCUAAUGAGGAAGAUGAUGAUGACGAUGUGAGCUGGUCCUCGGAUACAUUAAAGUGUCAGUACUGACGUUUAGAAGGGUCACUACAGCGGGCGGAUACUUUCACCCCAUCACCUGCAAACACACCAGACUUCAUUCAUAGAAACUGAGCUCUCACGUCUCGGUUCUGUCUACAGGGUCAGAUCACAUCCAGCAGCAACCGUCUCCCCAGAGACCUCGACGUUAAAACGCCCAACGUUACGUACAACAUAAACUGUGAGCUGACUUUGGUCUCUAUAGCUAAUAAACCUGCUCAUGACAACGGGAUGGGGGAGAUUUCUAUACAUCUCACCUGUUUAAAGUAUGCUGAGGGCGUGGCCUCUUUGAGUGACAGGUGGGUGUGGUCUGAGGUCAGCCGCUGUUACCUGUCUGCUACCAGUGGCGUCACAGAUACCUGGUCUGUGGGUCGGACACCAGCACCAGAGACAGACUACCUGACGGAGGCAGCGGCUCCACCCACAGAGGUUCCUCCUGCAGACACGCGUCUCAACACGGCAAAUAGAAUCCCUUCAAUAAGUCACAUGAUGAAAUGUUACGGUUUCUUCUUCAGCUCAUGAAGAUGCAGCUCAAACUCCCACUGAGAGCCGCUGAACGCCACAGAUAUCCAAUCUGAAUUAAAUAACAGAAAAUUGCCUUUUUUUUAUAUUUUCUCACUGUGGGAACACUGUUAAUAAAUAGAAGAUUUGUUUUCUUAAUUUUGGGACCAAUAGCGGCUAAUAAGCUGCUGGGUUAUUUCCUGUUAUUUUAAUAAUGUAUCUGUAACAGCGUUAAAGAAAAGAAAGGUGUUUAUGAUGAAUAAUGACGGCACAUCUGCUUUUAUUCAUGAGAUUUCAAUCCAAACAAACCAAGAUUCAAUAAGUGGAUAAAAAGUUGUUGUGUUUCAGACCAGCGUUCAUGUGAGGAAUAACAAACUGGAUUAAACUGGUCAGGCUGCUUCUCUC